AUGUGGACAGUCUUCAGCCUGGUUCUUGUCAGCUCCCUUUUUGUCCUCAAAAGUGAAGCACUGCAGUGUUACACCUGUGUAGGUUCUAGUGAUGACGACUGCAACAGACAAGGAAGUCAGCAGUGUCCAGGCCAUGCAGAUGCUUGUGCAGUCAUUAGAGGACAAGCAAGUGGCAUCAUGAAGUCCUGCUCGUUCAGGUCCUUCUGCGAGCGCGCCCGGAGGGACGGGUCGAGGGCGCCCGGAGUGAGCGUCCACUGCUGCUACUCCAACAACUGCAACGCCAAGAGCCUGGCUCCCAGGGUCACCAGCUCCAGCAGCUACUGCUCCCUCCUCAUCUUCACACUGCUCUGGCACCCCUUGUUGAAGCUGACAUGA